GUCAAAAAGAAAAUGUCAUAUUCCUACUUAUUUAAAUACAUAAUUAUUGGAGACACAGGUGUUGGAAAGUCCUGUCUCCUCCUUCAAUUCACUGACAAACGUUUUCAACCUGUACAUGAUUUGACUAUUGGAGUAGAGUUUGGAGCUAGAAUGAUUACUAUUGAUGGAAAACAAAUUAAGCUGCAAAUAUGGGACACUGCUGGUCAAGAAUCAUUUCGUUCAAUAACUCGUUCAUACUAUCGAGGAGCUGCUGGUGCUUUGCUUGUGUAUGACAUAACUCGGCGUGACACUUUCAAUCAUUUAACAUCGUGGUUAGAAGAUGCUCGUCAACAUUCAAAUUCUAAUAUGGUUAUUAUGUUGAUUGGCAAUAAAAGUGAUCUAGAAGCUCGCCGUGAAGUUAAACGUGAAGAGGGCGAAGCGUUUGCACGUGAAAAUGGUUUGGUUUUCAUGGAAACUUCAGCAAAAACGGCAGCAAAUGUUGAAGAAGCUUUUAUUGAUACGGCUAAGGAAAUCUACAGGAAAAUACAAGAAGGCGUUUUUGACAUCAAUAAUGAGGCAAAUGGAAUCAAACUUGGACCACAACAUUCGCCAAGCUCUCCAAAUGCUCCAGGUGGUGGUACUCCUUUAGGCCGUGCAAGCAAUUGCUGUGCAUGA